CUGAAGGAACCGGCACUGGGACCAUCCUGGGAAGGUGAAACCAUCGCUGCUGAGCGGCUCUCCUCCUCAUCCGGAGCAGGCCAGCAGAUGACUUCUCCAGCUGCUUUUAUGUAACGUCUCAGCCAGUUAGAAGGCCCCGAGCCUUCAGCCAAUGGGGAGUAGAAGCUGUUUGUCCUUCUCUGAUUGAGAAAACAGCUGGAUGUUUUCAAAGCCAGAGGGUCUGUGAGGAUGAAAGGCAGAGGCUACCAGAUCCAGUCUCUUAACCAGUAAGUCAGAGUGGGAGGGGGGGUCCUGCACUGAUUUGAGACCCAAUUCUUCCUGCAUGCCAAGAGCCGUCAAAUAUGCCCCCAAAAAGUCUUUAGAUGUGAAGGAAGAGUCUGAAUUGUUUCAUUUAAGGAACAGCAUCUGAUUGGAGAAACAUUGUAUGUUGUAUAAAUUACAGCCGCUGCAGUUGAAAACAUAAGUACUAAAACAUAGAAAGCUUCUCUUCCUCACUACAAACAAUGAAAACAGAGCAGAUUUUAACCUUGUCCUUCAGAAAACCCAUUACAGCUUCCCUAAAAAUGGGAAAAAUUCUAAUUUCCACAUGAAGUAGAUCAAAUGUUUACAGUAAAACAACCCAGUGUGUGUUUUUCCCAUAAGGAUGGACCCUCCAUCUAUUCUAUGGGACUGAAUAUAGAGUAUUUAUGACACAUCCGGAGGCCAGCAGCGCUGUCGGUGCAGCAGCUUUGUGACAGUGGAUCCUGGCUUUUCACACCCCUAAAAAUAUCUCUCAGCCAGUGGCUGGAUCAAAGGGGCGGCAGCGCUGCUAUGAAUACCCCCCCGGCAUGCAGCCUAAAGCCAGGGGCGGAGCGGAGCCCUGCGGCAUCCAGAGCUGUCAGAGAUCCAGCCUGCCUCCUCCACAUUGAACCGCAGCAGAGCUGAGGGGAAAUAAAGGAAAAACUAUGAAACUCCUGCAGCUUUAGAAGCAAGUUUAAAAAGUGUUUUUGACGUGAGGAAGAUCAGCCGGACGGAAGAACUCCUCUAAGUUUUAAUUUGUUUGUUUUUGUAGUUUUUUAAUAGUUUCUCUAUCUGUGCAGAAUGGAGGAUGAGCAGAGGUGUAAAGUUUUUGAUAAAGCAGCUGGUGAGAGGAGGAUAAAUCCCACAGCAGGACAGAGACUAUGGAAGCAGUCAAUCUGGAAUAAUCUGUCCUGGAUUAUGGUCUGCAUCUCUGUGUCUGCUCUCUGCUUUGGACUCUGUGUGUUUGUCCUAAUGAGGACCAUGGAGCUUCAGUCCAGGAUCCUGAGUCUGGAGCAGCAGCAGGAUGAGAAGUUCACCGCCUGGAUGAUGACUCUGGAGCAGGUGGAGCCCCUCAUUGUUGGACGGCUGGACCAGUUACUGGAGGAGAAGCUCGCCUCACAGCUGCCAAAGCUACGGGAGGUUAGAGAUGCUCCUAAAAACUGCCUUUGUCCUCCAGGACCUCCAGGUACACCAGGAGAGCCCGGUUACUCUAUCAUAGGACCAAGAGGACCUCCUGGACAGCCUGGUACAAGAGGAUUCCCUGGGUUUCCAGGUCCCAUAGGGUUGGAUGGCAAGCCUGGGCAAAAAGGACAAAAGGGAGAUAUAGGUCAUCGUGGUCCUCAAGGAAACUUGGGGCAUCCAGGACCCAAAGGGGAAAAGGGUGUUUGUGGAGAUUUGACACACCGGAUGUUGCCCAUCACCCUUCGAAACAUGCCUUCUAUAAGCCCUCUAAUCCUAAAACGCCUCAAGCAGGGUGUCCCUGGCAUACAAGGGCCCCCAGGUCCUCCAGGACCCCCGGGAUCUCCAGGCCCUAAUGGUCCCACUGGGCCACCGGGUGAAAAGGGAGAGCCCAACCUGUUGGAGAAGGGGUGUAAGGGAGAACCAGGUUCACCAGGAGUACCAGGUCCAAUUGGGCCCAAGGGUGAGAAAGGAAACAAGGGGGAACCAGGUAUGGAAGGCCCUGCUGGUCCAAGAGGUCCACGGGGGCCAACUGGGAUUCCAGGAAAGGCUGAUAUCCAGAACACUGAAAAUGAUAUCCGCAAUAUACCCCAAAGGGUGCUUCCUGGUUUACCUGGGCCUCCGGGACCCCCGGGAAUCCCUGGUGCAAAGGGAGAAGUUGGUCUACCAGGUCCUCCAGGAGUGGAUGGAGAAAAGGGAUCCAGGGGGAAGCCUGGAGAGCCUGGUCCUUCAGGUCCAGCUGGUCCUCAAGGUCCCAAAGGGGAAAGUGGUGUCAUGGGCUUCCCUGGAGCCAAGGGUGAAAAAGGAGACUUAGGUUUAUCUGGAUCUCCUGGAGACCCAGGUAUCAGCAUCAAGGGAGAGAAGGGAGAGACGGGUCAGAAAGGUGACAAAGGAGUCAGAGGCUAUCUUGGACUUCCUGGGGCUCAUGGGUUAGACGGCAAACCUGGUGCAGUGGGUCUCAUAGGACCAACAGGUAUACCGGGGCCUGCAGGGCCAAAGGGAGAGAGAGGUGAAAAGGGAGAUACAGGCAUGCCAGGACCAAUUGGCCUUCAAGGCAUCCCUGGUUUAAAAGGACCAGAAGGACAUAAAGGAAAUCGGGGAGAGAGGGGCAAGAAAGGCAACAGGGGGGCCAAAGGGGAUAAGGGAGACCAAGGAGCACCUGGAUUAGAUGCCCCAUGUCCUUUGGGGGAUGAUGGCUUACCUGUUCUAGGAUGUUGGAAUAAAAACCCUACCUCCACUGCUCCUUUCCCACAGCAGAGCCUACAGAAUGUGAAGUCUAGGAAGAAGGGCCAAGGAUGGUAGUGGACAAACAGCUAUGGCACAUUCACGGUAGGAAUGAUGCACAACUAUGCGCUUUAGUGAUGUACAGCUGCAGCACACCAGCAAUUUUGAGCUUGAAUGGCAAUACGUGCUAUGCAGUAAAGGGGUGUUGUGUUGUGCUAACAAGAACAUGGUUAAAACUGCUAAAAGCUGGGUUAUGCUUAAAGCAUGUACGUUCCAUGCUAAAAAGAGGGAGUCUAUGCUAUGCUUUCCCCUUUUGCACAUAAUAUUCGAUGGGAGAGAGUCUAGGGCACAGACUGCAGACUUAUAACACCACAAAACACGCAGAACUACAGUAGAAGCUGUUCAAAAUGUCCCCACUUUUUAAGUGAGCGCCAUCUCACUGCAGAGCUGAGUCUGAUGUGGUUUUUAUACUUACAGUUUGAGCAG